AUGGACAUCACCCGGGCGCUGUGCCUGACGCCGGCAUGUCUUCGCCUCGCGUCUGACUUUGCGAGCAACCUCUCGCCGAACCACGCGCAGCUCGACGCUUGCACCGACUUCGAAGAGAUUGUCUGCGGUGGGUGGAAACAGAGCCAUGACCUUCGGCCAGACCAGGGCCAAGUAAGUAGGUUCUCCGUCGUGAGCGACGCUGGAGACGACACGCUUCGAGCUAUCCUCGAAGGCCCUUAUCCCGGCGAGUCAAGCCACUCGCACUUCUUGCCCCGGAGCCUUGAUGCCACGGCUGUCUCCAUCGACCAGGCCAACUUUGAGGACAUGCAGCGUGCCUACAAUGCCUGCAUGGACGUGACAGCCAUCUCCAAUCUCGGUGCCAAGCCCAUAGUCGAUCUGCUGGACCAUCUCUCCGAAACCUUCGCCUCACACAACCUGUCCGACUCGUUCGCCUAUCUGGGGCAACUAGGAAUCUCGCCCAUAGUUAUCGUCCACGUUGACAGCGAUCCGAAAGACCCCGACGUCCAAAUUGUUCACAUAAGCCCCAGCACAGGCAUCGGGCUGGGCUCCAAGGAUUACUACAAAAAAGCAAGCCUCUUGGCCGAGUAUCAGCAUACGAUGGCACAUGUUCUCAAGACGAUACAUCCCAUGAAUAUGAGCUCGGGCGACUGGGCCGAAGAGGCAGUAACCGUCGUCCAACUCGAGACUCGCAUUGCAAACGUCACUCCCGACCUUGUUGACCUCAGGGAUGUUGAGCACUCAAUCGACCGUAUGACAGUCCAGGAAGCCUCCCGAAUGAUCCCACAGCUCAGCGUGGACCGAACGAUCUCAUCACUGGCCCCUGCCAAUCACGCUACUGCUGACGUUAUUGUCCAAUUUCCCACUUUCUUGCGAGAUGUCUCGGCGAUCCUCUCCGAGACACCGCUCGAGACUUUACAGGUAUACCUUCUGUGGAAGGUUAUCCAAGCCUUCGAAAAUUACAUCAUAGCCCCCGAGGCUCUAAAGCCGUAUCAGCGGUUAAAAAACAAACUGCGAGGACGAGAGCCGGAUUCCGCGGCCGAACGGUGGCGUCGGUGUCUAUCGCAAGUGGAUGGUGACCUCGGCUGGAUCUUGAGCCGUUUCUUCAUCGACAACACGUUCUCGGCUAGAGACCGCAACCUGGGAAACCAGAUCAUUGCCAAUAUUAGGAAUGUCUACUUUGACAAGUUUUCAGCAGUGGCUUGGAUGGAAAAGGUCGUAAAAAAGGCGGCAGCGGAAAAGGUCCGAGAAAUGGAACAAAAGAUUGGAUACCCAUCCGAAGCUCCCAAUAUCACAGACCCUGUCUCUUUGCGUGACUACUACGCCGACAUAACCAUCUCGGAUUCUUAUUUCGUCAACAUGAUUGCCGUGGUGAAAUGGGGUGUAAAACAGCGCUGGCUACAGCUCAGCAAGCCGACGGAUCGCAAAAGAUGGGCCAUGACAGCUUCAACCGUGAACGCCUACUACGACCUAGGCCUCAACGAGAUCGUGUUCCCGGCGGGCAUUAUGCAGCCGCCUAUCUUUCACGGCGACCUGCCGAGCUACGUGAACUACGGAGGCUUUGGCGCCAUCGCCGGGCACGAGAUAUCUCACGGAUUUGACGUGCACGGCCGAAUGUUCGACUCGCGGGGCCGCAACUUGGACUGGUGGACAAAUGCUACCUCAGAAGAGUACAACCGACGCGCCGGCUGCUUUGUGGACCAGUAUAGCAACUUCACCGUCCCGGUAGGGAAGAACAAGACAGCGCACAUUAACGGCAAGCAGACACAGGGGGAGAACAUAGCCGACGCGGCUGGCCUUGACGCAGCCUUCGCCGCAUGGCAGCGGGUCCGCAACGGCCAGCAAGACUUGGAUCUGCCUGGGUUGAAUAACUUCUCGCACGAGCAGCUUUUCUUCGUCGCUUUUGGGAAUCUGUGGUGCAUGAAAGCAACACCUGGUUCUCUGCAAAACCAGGUGUUGACUGGUGUGCACUCGCCCGGGUCAGUGCGGAUCAAGGGCACCUUGAUGAACUCGCGACAGUUCCGAGAUGCUUUCAGCUGCCCGACCAGGGACCCCACUUGCGAGCUGUGGUAG